GUCCUUGAAAGUUAAACGUUGGCCCGCCUGUAGUUACCGCACGUGGCUUGAGCGGCAGUGCCCGUGUCGCCUGAAGAACACCCGCGGACUCCCUCGCCGAACUGAGGGGGGGGGCGAGUUGAAAAGAGUCGCGUGGAGAGCCGCCACUGAGCUGCACUGACCUAGCGUCCAGUAAGACACUAGCACGGCAGGCAUGCCGCGAAAUGCUGCCUCACAGAACCCUUAAGCCUGCCCAUACGCACGUGAAAAACGCUACACUACUUGUGCCACGAGCGCUGCGACGAUUUGACCGCCGCAUGACUGCGGCUGCGCUCCUCUUGGCUGCAACAGCGCUCCUCACCCAGUUCACGACGCAGCAGCGCUACAUAAGGAAGUAUCGCACUCCCCGGCGCGACACGCUGCAUCCAUCAGUAGUGAACCACCGCGGCAUGGCCUCGCCCGACGGCAAGUACCGCGCAACCACAAAAAGCGACGAGAGCAGUGAAACGACGCACCUGACCGACGCCGCGACGGGCCGCCGGUUAACCAUCGGCGAGGUCGCGCGGCUCUGGCGCGAUGAUACCUUCGCCGGCUGGUUCCAGGAACUCCUUGCGCAGUCUGCGUUCGACGCGUACUUUUGGGAAGUGCCGCCGGUGAACAUCGUGACGUUCGUCGAGACGCCCUACGAGCACACGUUGGUCCAAAACCGGUGGGGCUUUCGGGCCGCGGACUCUUCGGACUUCGCCCAGCAUCUGGAGGGCGCGUGCUCAAGGGGCGACCGCUGCGCGGCGUUUCCCAAUUUGGGUAGGGAUUCGAUGCUCGUGUCGCCCUGCGACGAGGGCGGGCCGCCACCAGUCCAACCGCGGGCCCACGGGACCCUCUACGAGCGGGCGAACCCACAUGUGGCGGCACCAGAGAGCGCCUACGGCCACAUCGCCGCGUUCGCGAGAAACGCGCCGCAGGCGCAGGCCGCGGCCUUCUGGGCGAAAGUGGGGUCGACCUACGAGUCGCUCGUGGCCCAGAAGGGCGACCGGCCGGUGUGGCUCAGCACGGAAGGCUCCGGCGUGCCGUGGCUCCACGUGCGCAUGGACGCGCGGCCCAAGUACUACCACACGGCGCACUACAAGGUGUGGAGUGGGUAAGUCUGCUGUGUGUGUUUCCUUCUUGGAGUGGGGGUGCCCGUGGCGCGACUCGUCUCUAGAGCGCGGCUCGGGG